ACUCCCGCACGCCGACCUCCCGGCUGCUGUCCUGCCUCCUUGGACUCCUCCGUGGUUGCUGGUCCAGGUUCCUCAGCCACCGACCUCCUCACGCCAGCCAGGGGACCCGCGGGGCCGGCGUCCUCCACGUCCCUCAGGAGACGCCUCGUGCGCCCGGGACUUGGUUGAAACUUUGCAGGAGCCCGCGGGGAAAUGGAUUUAAUCCGAGGCAUCUUGCUCCGGCUCUUGCUCUUGGCUUCCAACCUCUGUGUCGCUGUGUCGCUCGGAGCAGCUGUCCGAAAACCAGGCAAGAUGGGGCCUCCUCUCCAUAUCAUGCUGGACGCAUUGAACUGUACAGCUUUCAGCAUCCAGUGGAAAAUGCCGAGGCAUCCUGGGCACCCCAUCAUUGGGUAUACUGUCUUUUACGCUGAGGUCGGCGUAGAUAAAUCCCCGCAGGAGCGGUCCCAUAGUGUGCCACUCAGCCGGGACACUGCAGCCACUGAGGAAGUGAUCGGAGGUUUGAAACCAGGCACUGAAUAUCGAGUGAGCGUAGCAGCUUACGGCCUGAUGGGCAAAGGGCGACUUAGCUCUCCUCGACAUGUUACCACUUUGCCCCAAGAUUCCUGCCUGCCUCCGACGGCACCCCAACAGCCACACGUCACUGUGGUUUCUGACUCCGAGGUGGCCCUAUCCUGGAAACCUGGAGAGAGUGAAGGAAGUGCCCCUAUUCAGUACUAUUCUGUGGAAUUCAUCAGACCAGAUUUUGACAAGAGCUGGACCUUAAUCCAAGAGCGGAUCCAGAUGGACUCCAUGGUCAUCAAGGGGCUCGAUCCAGAUACCAACUACCAGUUUGCUGUGAGGGCCAUGAACCCCCAUGGUCCCAGCCCCCGAAGCCGGCCCAGUGACACCAUCCAAACCCCCCGCCUCGAGGAAGCAGGAAGUGGCCGCUAUGGACCCCAUUACGUAACCGACACGGGAGCCGGUGAGGACGAUGAUGGAUUUGAAGACGACUUAGAUUUGGAUAUUUCCUUUGAGGAGGUUAAACCACUUCCUGUUAUCAAAAAAGGAAAUAAGAAAUUUUUGAUGGAAUCCAAGAUUGUGCCUAGAUCAAAGCCAAAGACGAUGUCUAGGCUUGUCCCCUCGACUCCGGCAUCUCUCCCUAUGACUACCGUGGCUCCCCAGCCCACUCCACUGCAGAGAAGAGGGAAGAAUGGCAUGGCUGUGAUGCCGAGGCUCUUCGAUAUGCCUUGUGAUGAAACUCUCUGCUCUGCUGACAGCUUUUGUGUCAAUGACUACACCUGGGGGGGCUCCCGAUGCCACUGCAACUUGGGCAAAGGUGGUGAGAGCUGCUCAGAAGAUAUUAUUAUACAGUAUCCUCAGUUCUUUGGCCACUCCUAUGUAACCUUUGAACCUCUGAAGAACUCCUAUCAGGCAUUUCAAAUCACUCUUGAAUUUAGGGCAGAAGCGGAGGAUGGCUUACUUCUCUACUGCGGGGAGAACGAACAUGGGAGGGGCGAUUUCAUGUCCCUGGCCAUCAUCCGACGCUCACUCCAAUUUAGGUUUAAUUGUGGAACUGGGGUUGCCAUCAUCAUAAGUGAGACCAAAAUCAAGCUAGGGGGCUGGCACACGGUUACACUCUACAGAGAUGGGCUGAACGGGCUGCUGCAGCUCAACAAUGGCACCCCGGUGACCGGCCAGUCCCAGGGCCAGUACAGUAAAAUUACCUUCCGGACGCCCCUCUAUCUCGGUGGGGCUCCCAGUGCCUACUGGUUGGUCAGAGCAACAGGAACAAACCGAGGCUUUCAAGGCUGUGUGCAGACACUCACGGUGAAUGGGAAGAGAGUCGACAUGAGACCCUGGCCACUGGGGAAAGCACUCAGUGGAGCCGAUGUGGGCGAAUGCAGCAGUGGAAUCUGUGAUGAAGCUUCAUGCAUCAAUGGUGGCACCUGCACAGCAGACAAAGCCGACUCCUACAUUUGCCUCUGUCCCCUUGGAUUUAAAGGUCGACACUGUGAAGAUGCUUUCACCUUGACCAUUCCUCAAUUCAGAGAGUCCCUGAGAUCCUAUGCUGCAACACCCUGGCCACUGGAGCCCCAGCAUUACCUUUCCUUCAUGGAGUUUGAAAUCACAUUUCGGCCGGACUCGGGUGAUGGCACACUCCUGUACAGUUAUGAUACAAACAGCAAAGACUUCCUGUCCAUCAACAUGGCAGGGGGCCAUGUGGAGUUCCGCUUUGAUUGUGGCUCUGGGACCGGUGUUCUCAGGAGUGAAGACCCCCUCACCCUGGGCCACUGGCACGAGCUGCAUGUUUCUCGCACAGCGAAGAAUGGCAUCUUACAGGUGGAUAAGCAGAAGGUAGUGGAAGGCAUGGCAGAGGGUGGCUUCACCCAGAUUAAGUGCAACACGGACAUUUUUAUUGGCGGAGUCCCCAAUUACGAUGAAGUGAAGAAGAAUUCGGGCAUCAUCAAGCCAUUUAGUGGGAGCAUCCAGAAGAUCAUCCUGAACGACCGGACCAUCCAUGUGAAACAUGACUUUACGUCGGGCGUGAAUGUGGAGAAUGCGGCCCACCCGUGCGUGGGAGGCCCCUGCACCCACGGGGGCAGCUGCCGGCCCCGGAAGGAGGGCUAUGAGUGUGACUGCCCCUUGGGCUUUGAGGGGCUGCACUGCCAGAAAGAGUGUGGGAACUACUGCCUCAAUACCAUCACAGAAGCCAUUGAGAUUCCACAGUUUAUCGGCCGCAGUUACCUGACCUAUGACAAUCCAGAUAUUCUCAAGAGGGUAUCAGGAUCAAGAUCAAACGCAUUCAUGAGGUUUAAGACGACUGCCAAAGAUGGCCUGUUGAUGUGGAGGGGAGACAGUCCCAUGAGACCCAACAGUGACUUCAUUUCCUUGGGCCUUCGGGAUGGAGCCCUGGUGUUCAGCUAUAACCUGGGCAGUGGUGUGGCAUCCAUCAUGGUGAACGGCUCCUUCAAUGAUGGUCGGUGGCACCGCGUCAAGGCUGUUAGGGAUGGCCAAUCUGGAAAGGUAACCGUGGAUGACUAUGGGGCCAGGACAGGCAAAUCACCAGGCAUGAUGAGACAGCUCAACAUCAAUGGAGCUCUGUAUGUGGGGGGAAUGAAGGAAAUUGCUCUGCACACGAACAGACAAUACAUGCGAGGCCUCGUGGGCUGCAUCUCUCAUUUCACCCUGUCCACCGAUUACCACAUUUCUCUCGUGGAAGACGCCGUGGAUGGGAAAAACAUCAACACGUGUGGAGCCAAGUAAUGCCAGCCGGCCUUGCCCAAGGAACAGAGCCUACUAUCCUGAGAAUCUUGGGCGCCCCGAGACUCUGCCUGAUGCCACACACAGAGGCGUGGGGACCAGGUGUGUUUCUUCUCAUCAAGGAGAAACUAGAACCAAGACGGGAGUCAAUGACACUCCAUGGGCCACACCCAAAGGAAUCCUCUGUGUAGGAAGCAUCGAACUUUGUCCAUUGACUGUGGAGUGACUGCCAGGGAUCACACAUCAAGGCAAAUUCCAGGGCCCGUCUGCUGUAGCUCAAUGACUGUGUUGUGAUUCAUAGUGCAUUAAAAAAAGAAAGAAAGCGAGAAAGACCCAAAGGGCAGUAUUAAAAUACUUCUCUCCUUUUCUGACUCAUGAUACUUACUGACAGCAGAAUGACUGUGUGACCUUGAACUUCGAAUUUCUCACCUUGGCCCAUGAAUUAUUAGGAUUAACCCCUUCCACUCCUCACUGGCUGGUUCAAUGUGCUGUGACCAUUCCAUGAAAAUAAGGAUGAGGGGAGACUAUAUAGAAUUAUAAUUAUUAU